CUUUGACCACGAUCGCUUUCUGUCUUCUUUUGCUAUCAAUUGUCUGUGACAUAACUACCUCUUCGCUUCUCUUAUUGUCUUUCCGGGCGCAAUUCGAACCGGCAUUGGACUGUUGACCGCAAAUCCGCUUCGCAACCGUGUCGACCGUUGGAUUUCCUACAGGACAGACUUUGCUUGGCAAUUGUCCCCUACAUUACCGGCUGGAUCUAUUACUCAAUCGAUUCGUUUUCUUGGCGGGCCGUUACUAUAUCCACGAUGUAUCUGAUAUCGAAAGCUUUGCAAUAUGGCGCUCCGUUCUUCAUUAUCACAUCGCCGGUGACGUCCUACGCAGAUCAGAUUAUUAGUAUCAAUCGGAACAGGAGCUCGGCUGGGUUUUCGCUGGACAUUCCGUUGAUUAUGCUUAUCGCGUCAGUUAUGAAGGUAUUCUAUUGGUUCGGCGCUUACUACGAUGUCUCACUGCUGGUACAGGCUGUGAUUACAAUCGGGGUUCAAAUUGUAUUGCUCAAGGUUGCACUGGAUAACAGGCCGUCUCCUGGGACCAAGAGCGGGAUCGAGCAUACGCCGUUCAGUAACCUCGAUGCAGGUGGAUUGUCCAGGCCGUAUGAGUUCUGGCAAUGGAAGAAUGCUAGGCCGUACUGGAUGUUCCUCGCGUAUUUUGCCGCUAGCCUGACUUUUAUCCACGUCUUGAUGUCCUACUCACAAACCUACAUCGACCUGUUGGGCUAUAUCGGUCUGGCCAUUGAGGCAACACUUCCAUUGCCUCAAAUCAUUGCCAACCACAGCUCUCGUUCGUGCAAAGGAUUCCGUCUCUCUGUCGUCGCGGCAUGGGUUCUUGGUGACACGACGAAGCUCAGCUACUUCUUUUUUGGUGGACAAUUUGUUCCCUGGGCGUUCCGUCUGUGUGCCAUGUUCCAAUGCGUUUGUGACUGCUACCUCGGAUUUCAGUUCUAUUUGUACACUCCACGGGUUGCGGGCAGCCCUAGGGAUCAAGAGAGCUGGGGGGCUGAGGAGAAGGAUAUUCGGAUGAUUUGACGCAUUGAUGAACCUUUUACGUUGUAGUGGUACUUUCUGUACUCUAUAUAGAUAGAUUCUGUUGUAAUACUUACGAGAUAAACUAGGAUAUAGUUAUAGUGAUAGAUUGACUAAUGAAGAUGAAUAAGAAGCC